GAUCAUCUAUUAAGUUGACAGUACAUGCACAUGUAUGUGUAUACUGCUACAGACUUAUACUUUAUAAAGUUGGUAGAUACACGCAGGUGGACUAUACUAGCUGUAGUACUUAACAUGUGCACUAUUCCGUUUUGCACAGUUUCCCAUUCAUGUAUCAAUAUGUUAUUAAAACAAAGUGCCCGAGUCCUGAGGUGCAUUCUGAAUUAUUAUUCAAACUAUUCAAAGUCGUAAAACAUAUUAAAAUGAAAGAAAUUGAGAUUAAAAAUAAUUGUUAAAUGGUAUCAAGCACCGUCAACUUUUACAUCAGCGGCCAGAGCCUCGAAAGGUGUCACUGCCAAAACCUUGGUCCGAGUUAGCGCGGCAGGUUUCACUUUCAUGGGAGAGAGCG